AUGUCAAGAAUUCACUUUUUGGCACAUACCACUCAAAAAGUCCUGAUGAAGCGUCCUAUUGUGAAUUCAAGCGUUAGAUGUAUGUCAGAUUGGGUACCCAAAGAAAAGGAAACUCACACUGGACAGAAAUGGGAAGCUGAUGAUUACAGAAUGUCUAGGUUUAUUGAUAGACCAAAGAAUGUAAAUCCCAACAUUGCUAUGAAUCUAAUUGCUGAGGUACCACCAAAGGCUUGCAAAGAAAGAGUUGUAUACUGUGAUGGUGGUAGUGGUCCAACUGGACACCCCAAAGUCUUUAUUAACUUGGAUAAGCCAGGAAAUCAUGCUUGUGGUUAUUGUGGACUAAGAUUCUUUAGAGAUAGUCAUCACUGA